AUGUAAUAACCUGGAGAAGAUAUAGAUUAAUUUAUACUUGGCUACAAUAAUUAAACUAACAACUCUUUGAUUUAGCCUAACACCAAUCAAGAAUAACUACUAGCACAGAAUGCUCGACUUUUACAACAAUUACAUGAAUAACAAAGGAUGCUUAAUUUACAAAGUCUUUUCACUCAGAACAUGCUUCAAAAUCCAUAUCAUAAUUAGUAAAUCACACAGAACAGCAAAAAGAUUAAGAGAGCCAAAUCCACUUUGCAACAUAUUUAAUCGAAUGCCAGUUUGCGAGAUCAACAACCUUAGAUAUAGGAAAUCAAAGGGAAUGUUAAAAAUGCCUAUAUUAAGAAAAUCACAUCCCUCUUGUGUGUUGAAGGAGACAAAUUGCUUGACGAGGAAUUGCAAGAGGAUUUAUAAGAAGAUAGUUCCUCUGAAGAGCUGUCCAAAGAGAAAAAGGGUGGAUUGGCAGGAUUGCUAGGCUCCGCAAAUGACCUAUUGAAUGAGGAUUGUAAAAACAAACGACUGAGACAGAGUGCCAAGAAAUCAAGAUUGAGAAAGAAGGUAUAUCUGAAGCUAUUGGAGAAAAAAGUAACCGAUUUGGAUCAGAAAAUUUAAGAGUACAAAAAAACAACCAAGAAGUCAUUUGAAUAUCUGACACAGUUGUUGAUUUCACAUCCGAUACUUAAUAGCAUGAUUAUUGGGAAUUCUAAUGCCAUUGAUCAAAUCAUGCAAUGCAAUUAACCUGAAUAAGCCCAAUUGGUUAUCGAUUCUUAUAUGAUGAGAUAUGGGACUUGCGGCAUUAAAAGAAAAGAUUAUAUCAAAUACGCAAUCAAAAAUAUCCAGAGAAACUUCUUGAAAGGAAAUUACGGAUUAUUACUAAUAAGUACCAAUGAUGGAGGGAACACUUAUGAUGAGGAAUUCAAUAAUUAUGUUGAGAUUGUAAAGAAAUUUACAAAAAUAGAAGACAAUAAUUUGAUAUACAAGGUACUCCCAAUCAUAGAUAAAUUAUUGAAUCAUCGCAAAGUAUCUUAAAAGUAUGUCUUGUUUUAAGUACAUAGGUAUUUACUCCAAUUAAACAAAGAAAUGAAGAAUUUGAAAUUAAUUUAAUAGGAAGUGGAUGAGACAGUGUGUUAAUUUACAUAAUCAUUGACAUUUAUGCAGAUGGUGGAGUUUGUCAAAGAGGUUGAGCGAUUGCGAAAUUUUAAUAGAACUCAGUUUUGA